AUGUCUCUCAGAUACUCUCUACUCAAGUCCCAGAGACUUCUCGGGGUCCGGCCGCUCGCAGGCCGUGUGGCUUUGGCUCGCCUGUAUUCCUCUUCACCCUCCUUUUCGUCCAACCGUAACACGCCCAACUUCAAAUCCUCAGAAACCGAGUCUUCUUCCUCUUCUUCUUCUUCUUCUUCUUCUUCUUCUUCCUCUUCUCUAGACGAAAAGUUCCGUGCUCCGGACUCAUUUGACGAGAUCAAUGUACGACCUACUAAGGCCAUUCACGAGCACAUUACCAAGCAGUACCCGAACCCGAUUGACAAUCCAGACAACCACGAUUAUUUUUUCGAUGAAAACGGAAACCGCCGCGUUACCAUUCACUCGGAAGACCUGCCGGACCCCUUGGCCGAAUCUCGCAGAACCAGACGCUCUUUCUAUGCAUUCAUUGCAUUCAUGCUGCUUACCUUUGGUGGUAUUGUCAAGUACGAAGAUGCAAACUCGCCAGUUGUUACUUCCACUCUUUACACUCUGAGACGCUCGGCUAGAGCCCGCGAACUGCUCGGAGACAAUAUCUCAUUUUACUCACUAUUCCCAUGGAUUACAGGCUACAUUUCUACCGUUGGUGGUGCCGUUGACUUCAAGUACACCAUCAAGGGCUCUAAAGUGCCUAAGGCCAUCGUCUGGUUCAAGGCAGAAAAGUCUCAGGAAACUAACCGCUUUGUUGUUACUGAGUGGUCUGUGACUCCAGAAAAUGGCGAGCCCAUGUCUCUUCUUGAAGAGGAGUACAUGCCCUUUAUUCCCUUAAAGAAUGAAGAAGCCACCAGUAGACACAGAUCCGAAAACUUCUAA